UCCGGUUGGCUCAGUGCUAUUAUUUCCUCACAGUCAGUGAAUGGAGGCCGCGGCUUGGAAGUGGAGGUUUCUGUUUUGAAAAUAACAGGCGUCUGUAAUUAAAAAAAAAGCAUAAUAAUCGGGUGCUUUUCAGACGAGGGAGUUUUAAAGCUAGGUUGGUGCGCGUUAGGCUGUAGGCCGGGAGCAGUGCGGCUGAGGCGGGCGUUCAGCCACCCCCCUCCCGGUUUGUGGGGACCGAGGGCUUUUGUUGUUGUUGUUGUUGUUCUUCGGCCUGAAAACAUUCCCGGCGGAUCGCGGUGAGGUUGAGGCCGGACGCGAGGCCCAGUGCAAAGCCUUCACAUGAAUCGCCUCAGAUGAGCGAAGGCGGGGUGGAGGGGAAGCGGUAACGGAUUUCUGGAAGAUGUCUGGCGGCGUGGAUCUCACGGCGGCCUCGUCGCAGCCGCUCGAUAGGAGUUGUUGGGUGUGUUUUGCCACAGAUGAAGAUGAUCGAACAGCAGAAUGGGUGCGGCCCUGCAAGUGCAGGGGAUCCACUAAAUGGGUUCAUCAAGCUUGUCUACAACGAUGGGUAGAUGAGAAGCAAAGGGGCAACAGUACAGCCAGAGUGGCAUGUCCACAGUGCAAUGCUGAAUAUUUAAUUGUCUUUCCAAAACUAGGUCCAGUUGUUUAUGUAUUGGAUCUUGCAGACCGUCUAAUCUCAAAAGCAUGUCCAUUUGCUGCAGCUGGAAUCAUGGUGGGUUCUAUCUACUGGACAGCUGUCACCUAUGGAGCUGUGACUGUUAUGCAGGUUGUAGGACAUAAAGAAGGCCUAGAUGUCAUGGAGAGAGCUGACCCACUAUUCCUCUUAAUUGGACUUCCAACCAUUCCAGUUAUGCUUAUUUUGGGCAAGAUGAUUCGUUGGGAGGACUACGUGCUGAGACUCUGGCGAAAAUACUCCAAUAAGUUGCAGAUUUUAAAUAGUAUAUUUCCAGGAAUAGGUUGCCCAGUUCCUCGUGUUCCUGCCGAGGCCAGCCCCCUAGCGGAUCAUGUGUCAGCAACUCGCAUCCUUUGUGGGGCUUUGGUUUUUCCUACAAUUGCUACAAUAGUUGGUAAAUUAAUGUUCAGCAGUGUCAACUCAAACUUGCAAAGGACAAUUUUGGGUGGCAUUGCCUUUGUAGCUAUCAAAGGGGCCUUUAAAGUGUACUUCAAGCAGCAACAGUAUUUGCGUCAGGCCCACCGCAAGAUAUUGAAUUUUCCAGAAGAGGAAGCAUGAGAAGUCUGACUGCAGUCUGGUUAAUGUGCUAUCCUUCUUACCUAGCAGUUGAGCAUUAUUAGUUAAAUUCUGUUGUUUUAUGGUAUUGUGGGUAUGCUGCUGGUGCAGACAAAUGUACACAUUUUUAGGAGCAAAAUAAAGCACUUUCAUUUGGCUAAAACUGGCAGCAAAUGCUAUCAGUGAUCAUUGAACCCAAGAAUGUGAUUUGCUUUGGUUGCUUUGUAAGCACUUUCUUUACAGUGAUCUAGCAGCAUAAUAUUUAAUUAGUAUUGCAUCUAAGACUAACCUUUCAGCAAAGCAGCAAAUGUUUCAGAACCUUGCAUUUUAACUUUUGCUGACUAUACAGUUUAUUUUCAGAAAUUGUAAGAUGUCUGUUGUACUACUUCUGCAUCACUUUCUUUUAAUAAACCCUAGCUGUACUUUUUUGCAACUUUUCUUUUAUUAAAUCCCAGCUAAGUAAUGUUUCUCUUAUUUUAUACAGUGAUUACACUACAUUCUAUCUACACUAAGUACAUUAUUUGGUGGCUGUUUCAAAUAAUUUAUUCAACUUUGUACCAGAUAACUGAAGGACUAUUUUAAGGUAGUUACUGGUUCUAAAGAUCUCCUAGAUAUUUUGUGUUGUUACUAUUGAGUCCAUUUGUUGAAAAUUUGUAAGAUUUUUUUCUUUAGCAUAUUAUAUUAUUGAUGAAACAAAUUAAACUGGGUUCCAACUCCCUGCUCCAAACCUUUCCCCUAAAUUCAACUGCUACCACCAAAAAUAUGCUGCAUCUUUCAACAUUUUCUUUGCUGUCUUUGACCGUGGCAAAGCAGUUAAAUCUCUUUGUAAACUUAGCAUAUCAAUAAUCUUGUUUGAACAUGUAUUGAUUGUACAGUAUUCCCUAUUGAUCUGUAGACUUCAUUGGCCAAAAUGUAUGAUAAAUAAAAUAUUUAUAUAAAAAAAACUAUGUUUUCUCUUCCGUAGUAACAUACAGUUUUAUAGAUCAUAUUUUUGUUUCAAUAUCACUUUUAUUUAGGUUUUUAACAUAAUUAUGAUGCACAGUUGAGGAUUAGACAGGAGCAGGAAUUAAAAUAUAAUAAUACAGCACAGAAACGUUCAGUUCGUUCUGUGUGUAUCUCUAUUUUAUGUAAACAACUUAAUCUAAGUCCUUUCUCCCCCGAUCUUCAGGAAUUAUUAAAGAGUUAGCUAUGAUGAAAGGUAAUUAAACUGAAACCUUAACUCUAUAUUUCUGCCUCCACUGAUGCCACCAGACCUGCUAAAUAUUUCCAAUAUUUUUGUGUAUGAAUUGGGCAAAUACAGGAUGAAAGAGUAGUUUGAGAAUUUUUAGGAUGGGGAGAUGUAAUAAGGAAGAGUAGUUCAGGAACAAAUAAAUGUAAAACAAUACCACUACUGAUAAAAUGUGGAGAGAACAGUGAAGGAUGGAGGAUACAAAAGCAGAAUUAAGCUUGUACAAGGCAGAACAAGGAGAAAUUUCCAAGUGCUGAGGCAUGGAGAACUAAGAAUGAUUAGUUCAGGGCUGAUAGAGGAAUGGGAUUUAGUGUAAGACAGAACGAUGGUAUCUAGUUCUAUACAAGGUGAAACUAUUUGACAUGGUGUAUUGCAAGUGAGCUCAAAAUGAUAAAUUGGGGAUAAUGAAGUAAACAAAGAUUUCUGCAUCUGUUAAUGGAGCAGAAAGAUAAAGCAGCUAAAGAAAGAGGUGAAGUCCAGUAAAAAUUAGGAUUUCAAAUUUGGGUUUUAAAAUCUAGAAGAAUAUAGUCUGGUUGAAGUAGGUAAGAAAUUUCAGUUUUUGGGAUAUGGAAGGCUUAACAUACAAGUAAGAGACUUUUUAGAAAAAAAACACCUCAAUGCAGUUUGUGGAGGAGGAGGGAGUAAGCCCAAGACUAGUUAUAUGACAAGAAAUAGGUAUUUGGGUAGAUUAAAGCUGGCAAUUAUUCCAAGACAUUGGAAUAGUUUAAGAGAAUGGGGCUCAUAAUGUACACUCAUGGAAUCUAAGAUGAUCUCCCCCAUAUUUCAGUGUAAAAUUUAUUCCUUUUUUGGUCUAAUAUAUUUUACUAAGAGAUUGUUUCUCCUUUGUGUAUUAACACCUGUAUAGUAUCAAUUACUAGUUGCAAAUUUUCAUUUGUUAUCUUGAUGUAGAGCUACUUGAUGUAAUAAAACAUUGUGUUGAACUGC